AACAAGGUCGGUAGAGAGUGUUAUCUCUGCUCUUCUAUCUCUCUUUCUCCUAAUUUCGAUUCUCUCUCAUCCUCUAUUUGGUGGACAUUUCUAUCUUCUUUUAGGGUUUCCCCUUUUAGCUCCAUUCAAGAUUUUCCACAAAGCUUUUGGCUUGUUUGUUGGAUUUAUAACUAGCUCUUCUGGUGAUUUUGAGGAUCAUCUGUUUAUCAUCAUCAUCUUAAACAAGAAGCUAAAUUAAUAUGGACGGUGGUGAUCCAUGGAGUUCUCGUCUCGCUUCUUCUUCUUUCAGACGUUGCCAGCUACGAUCUGAGGCUUAUUUGGGAGGAGAUGAUUUAGAAGUGGAGGAUGAGUACAAGCAAGAGUUUUCAUGCCCAUUUUGCGCAGAUGAGUUUGACAUUGUGGGGCUUUUCUGCCAUAUGGAUGAUGAACAUCAAGUGGAGUUAAAGAAUGGGGUUUGCCCUGUGUGUACAAAGAGGGUAGGAAUGGACAUGGUUGGUCAUAUCACAAUGCAACAUGGAAAUAUUUUGAAGGUUCAGCGCAGGAGGAGAUUGCGCAGAGGCAUUCCAAAUUCUAUGUUCAACAUGUUGAGAAAAGAAUUACGAGAUGGAAAUAGACGAUCCCUUUUUGGAGGGUCCUCUUUUGCAGUCUCUUCGUCUAAUCCAGAUCCUGAUCCUUUGUUGUCUUCCUUCAUGUACAACUCAUCCACUGCAGAAGAACUUGGGAAGGUAGAACCAUCGUUGUCUAAAGAACCUGUCUCGCUUCCACAAGUUGCAGAGGAGACAAAUAAAAGUUCUUUACAGAAUCCUGUGCUUUCUGAAAAGGAGCACGAGGAGAAGGCGAAGAAAUGUGAGUUUGUGCGAGGAUUGCUUCUGUCGACAAUGCUUGAUGACAUUUUAUAAUGGCCCAAGUUGUAAACCGUAGUAAGAGUAUGAACUGUAGCUGGUCGGGCAGGGGAAACUUCGUAAGGGAUCAUAUCAAUGUUGUAAAAGAAAACGGAGAUAAAAAGAGGGAUAGAGGGAGAAUAUGUUAAUGUUCCUAUGUUUAUGUUGUAUUUCUUAGUGUAUGUAGAUGACUUAAGCAAGUGCACUAUUAAAAAAGUGGAAUAACAUAUGUAAUCACUAAGCUUAGUCUUGUCACUUGCCUGCAAUAAUACUACCAAAUGUUCCCAUUGAUUAUGUUUUAAGUAUACAAGUAUGAAGCUGCUUCUAUGGAAA